GUAGAUUUAUUUCCCUUUCUUAACAUCCAAGGGAAAACUCUCCUCUCUCAAGACUGGAGGUCUCUUCAGAUUUGUGGUUGUCUGCUCUUGGAGGUUUCUGGUUCAAGCAGAGUUUCUAAAUUUGUUACCUUUUUUAACAACAAUUCACUUUAAAGCAGUCGGUUAGAGGCCGAAUUUUGCAAAGUUUAUCGUGGUAAGGCAAAAUAAUUAUUAAAAAUUACUGUUCUUUGUACCCUUAGUACUUUUUUUCACGCUUUAGCCUCCGAUUUCAGGGUUUGUUUCUCCAGCUGACGAGCACAAUGUGCUGAGUCCCCAUUCUGCUUGUUCCACUCUGACCCCUUGGUGCUGAGGAAAUCCAGAUCCAGCCUUGGGGUGUGAUUCCUGUUUUAAAUUGGCUCCACGGGGAGAGUGGAACUGGCAGAGCGACCGUUCGCGGUUUCCCCUCUUCCGGGAGCGCGCGGAGAAAGGGGUGGUCAAAGAACACUCUUCUGGUCUAUCCUCAGCUUGCUGUGGUGGUUCCUGGAGAAGGGGAUGGGUGUGUGGGAUGAAAAUGGGUCAGAAACGACCAAAAAAAGGCCGUUUGCAACGAGAUGAAAAUGGCACAUUUGAGCACAAACCGUGGUGGAGCUUGUUGGGCAGGACAGUGGCGAGCUGGGACUUGUGGGCUGGUGCUGGUGGUGACUGUUGUGUUUGUGUUUUAUAAUUAUUCAUCAGGCCAUGCAAAUAACGAGAUGCUAUCGAUGUGAACACACCAGAGGAGGUGCUGAGUCAUAAAUAGCUUGGUUUCAGUGUGGUCAAACACUUGCAGUUAAGAGGUUAAAAAAAAACCCAAACCCAACCAGGAUUAAAACUCGCCGAAGGACCUUCUAGUCUUGUACAGGAGAACUCGAAGCAGCUUGUCUGCCGGGUUACCCAUCGAAGGGAGGACGUCCCUCUGUCACCAUGGGGUCAGUCGUGUGGGAAUGUGGUUAAAUGCUUGAAAAACUUAAACUAAUUCAUGGCAUAUUGGACUGAGAAAAGGGAAGGUUCCUUGCACACCUGCCUCAAAUACAACGUCCCCUGGACUGAGCUGAGGAUGUUGAACACGAAGACUGUUCCAGUUUGGAAGAGCCUCAAACAAGGACUGGGAAUAUCGUUGUCGAGGUGAAACCCGAGGAUACAGAAGGAGCUGGAAGGGCCGCGACCGGCCCCGUUCCCGGUGUGGAAGGAUGGCUGGGAGCUGGAUUUUGUGUUCCCUUUGGCUGUUGGAUGGUUUGGUGGGGCUCACGGGGGGGCACAGCCUGUUUUCCUGUGAGCCCAUCAUCCUGAGGAUGUGCCAGGACCUGCCUUACAACACCACCUUCAUGCCCAACCUCCUCAACCACUAUGACCAGCAAACAGCAGCUUUGGCCAUGGAGGCUUUGAUUUCACGGUGCCUUUUUCUGAUGCCCUUCCACCCGAUGGUGAAUUUGGAAUGCUCCCGGGAUUUCCGGCCCUUCCUGUGUGCCCUGUAUGCCCCGGUGUGCAUGGAGUACGGGCGGGUGACCCUGCCCUGCCGCCGGCUCUGCCAGAGGGCCUACAGCGAGUGCUCCAAGCUCAUGGAGAUGUUCGGGGUGGCCUGGCCCGAGGACAUGGAGUGCACCAGGUUCCCGGACUGCGACGAGCCGUACCCUCGCCUCGUUGACCUCAGCUCGGCCGGGGAGCCCACGGAAGAGGCCCCAGUGGCAGUCCAGAGGGAUUAUGGCUUUUGGUGCCCUCGGGAGCUGAAAAUAGACCCCGACCUGGGCUACUCCUUCCUGAGGGUGCGCGACUGUUCCCCUCCCUGCCCCAACAUGUACUUCCGCCGCGAGGAGCUCUCCUUCGCCCGCUACUUCAUCGGCGUCAUCUCCAUCGUCUGCCUCUCCGCCACCUUGUUCACCUUCCUGACCUUCCUGAUCGACGUCACGCGGUUCCGCUACCCGGAGCGGCCCAUCAUAUUCUACGCCGUCUGCUACAUGAUGGUGUCGCUGAUCUUCUUCAUCGGCUUCCUGCUGGAGGACCGCGUGGCGUGCAACGCCUCCAGCCCCGCCCAGUACAAGGCGUCCACGGUGACCCAGGGCUCCCACAACAAGGCCUGCACCAUGCUCUUCAUGGUGCUCUACUUCUUCACCAUGGCCGGCAGCGUGUGGUGGGUCAUCCUCACCAUCACCUGGUUCCUGGCCGCCGUGCCCAAGUGGGGCAGCGAGGCCAUCGAGAAGAAGGCCUUGCUUUUCCACGCCAGCGCCUGGGGAAUCCCGGGCACUCUCACCAUCAUCCUCUUGGCCAUGAACAAGAUCGAGGGCGACAACAUCAGCGGCGUGUGCUUCGUCGGCCUCUACGACGUGGACGCGCUGAGAUACUUCGUCCUCGCCCCUCUCUGCCUCUAUGUCGUCGUGGGAGUCUCCCUCCUCCUGGCCGGGAUUAUCUCCCUCAACCGGGUCCGCAUCGAAAUCCCGUUGGAAAAGGAGAACCAGGACAAGCUGGUGAAGUUCAUGAUCCGCAUCGGCGUGUUCAGCGUCCUGUACCUCGUGCCGCUGCUGGUCGUCAUCGGCUGCUAUUUCUACGAGCAGGCCUAUCGCGGCGUGUGGGAGACCACGUGGAUCCAGGAGCGCUGCCGGGAAUACCACAUCCCGUGUCCCUACCAGGUGCCUCAGAUGAGCCGCCCGGAUUUGAUCCUGUUCCUCAUGAAGUAUCUCAUGGCCUUGGUGGUCGGGAUUCCCUCCGUGUUCUGGGUUGGCAGCAAGAAGACCUGCUUUGAGUGGGCCAGUUUCUUCCACGGGCGCAGGAAAAAAGAAGUUGUAAACGAGAGUCGCCAAGUGCUGCAGGAGCCAGACUUCGCCCAGUCUCUCCUGAGGGAUCCCAACACCCCCAUCAUCCGAAAGUCCAGGGGCACUUCCACGCAGGGCACCUCGACCCACGCCUCCUCCACCCAGCUGGCCAUGCUGGACGACCAGAGGAGCAAGGCAGGGAGCGUCCACAGCAAAGUGAGCAGCUACCACGGCAGCCUGCACCGCUCGCGGGACGGACGGUACACUCCCUGCAGCUACAGAGGCGUGGAGGAACGACUACCUCACGGCAGCAUGUCCCGACUGACCGACCACUCCAGGCACAGCAGCUCCCACCGGCUGAACGAGCAGUCACGGCACAGCAGCAUCAGGGACCUCAGCAGCAACCCGCUGACACACAUCACGCACGGCACCAGCAUGAACCGCGUCAUCGAGGAGGAUGGCACCAGUGCCUGAGCCGGGAGGAGCGCUCCAGGAGCGUGGAGUGGUAGCACAGCUCGUGGUCCCUUCCUCAGUAUUAUCAUCCUCUCGUCAGGUGCUGAAUUUGGGCUGAAUCAGGAAGCCAAAAGCAG